AUGGACCACCUACAGGACUCUAUGCAUGACUGGGAGAAACCUGCGUCAAUAGACGAGGGACAAGAUGAUCGACCACGGAAGAAACGCCGCAAGUACAUUGCACGUGCUUGUAAUGAAUGCAAGCGCCGCAAGAUCAAAUGCAAUGGUGAGACGCCAUGCCAUCGAUGUGGGCGACAGCGCAUUGAAUGUGUUUACGUGGAGAACGCGCCCCAAGAAAGUGUUGGCGACCAAGAAAAUUUUGACCGACUGUUUGAACAAAUGCGAUCCAUGCAGGACCAAAUUAUCUCGCUAUCUGCAGCCGUUCGCUCAGUGACGCAUAGCGAGGCGUCUCCUCUUAGUGGGGCUCGACCCAGCGUGGUUGGACAUUCAUCCGGGUCGUACGGGCCCAUACCUGCUCAGAGAUCCAUACGACGUGUCUCGACCGCUCGCGAGACGCCAUUCCAGGGCCCAACUACCUCAGCAUUUAGUUUCGACCUUGCCAAGUCCAGCCUGCAGCAGCGUGGAAUUGUCGAGCGCAACGAGGCGGGCGACGAGGGCGAUGUUACCCAGGAACCAUCACCGUUGGCGUCACCGUCUGCCCCAAAUCGUGAAUUGGAGGUCCGACAAGCGGUGGACCCCCUCUGGAAUAUUUCCAAGGAAGAAGCAUUGCGACUUUGUCGGGUUUAUGAAGAGGAAAUGGGCAUGAUGUACCCAGUCUUGGAACUAUCGGAGCUAUUGGAUCAAGUGCAUCGACUGUAUGGUUUGAUGAGUCGCUCCACGAAUUCGACAAACUUUACUGGCACGCUAGACCGGGAAGAUAUCUCCAUCCUCCGACUGGUAUUUGCCUGUGCUUUAACUGCUGAAGCUAGUGGUCGUAGUGAACAGGCUACUGCGCUUUUCGAUAGUUCCAUUUUUUACUUCCAAGGGGACGAAGAGACUCUUGCUUGGCGUACCAUUGGAAUCGUCGAGCGCAUGUGUCUAGAGAAAGGACUCCAUCGCCGCGAGACAUUGAAUCAACCAGCUAUUGAGGCGGAGGGGAGGGACCGGGUGCUUCGGCUGUUUUGGUCUAUCUAUAUCCUUGAUAUGCGAUGGAGCUUUGGAACAGGCAUGCCCUUCGCCCUUGAAGAUACCGAUAUUGACCCCUGGCUUCCAGAGCCUGAAGAGAAAACACCAUACUUGCGCGUCAUGAUUCGCUACAGCCGCAUCGCCGCUAAGGUAUGGAAAUUCAUAUCUGCUUUCAAUAAUACCAAUGAGAUCAAGAAGGAGGAAAUGAACUAUCUGGAUUGGCAAGUCCUAAGUUGGGCUCAGAAUAUUCCGGAUGCGUUACGACUGGAUCAUCCCAGCACUCCAGAUUCAGGACCCGCUUUUGAAGGCCCACGAAGUCUGCGACGACUCCGCGCAUUGUUAUACCUCCGCGCUAAUCAACUCCGAAUGCUCAUUCAUCGCCCUGUACUACAUACGGCGGGCCAUAUUGUACGAUACCCCAGCGAGUCGGAGACAGUAGUCAGAAUCGCCAAGGACACCAUCCGCUUCAUCACCCGUCUCAAUGAAACGUCGGAUAUCUAUCAGCUACAGCAGGUGACGUUCAACUGGUUCUUGGUCUCUGCCCUGGCUGUACUGUUUCUUGCCGUUUCCCAAGCACCAACACAAUUUAGCGGAUCGUGCAAGGAGGAGUUCUAUUUUGCACUGGAGCUGGUCAAGGGAUUCUCUACUCGAUCCUACAUCUCACGAAGAUUAUGGAAGUCCAUCCGCAGCCUGCGCAAGCUCGGCCCUCAAGUAGGAUUGGGAGGGCAUAGAUCCCGCCCAGAUCAUACCACCGAUGACAAAGAAUAUGCCCCUGGAAUGCUGGAUGCCGACAAAUCGCCAGUUCCACCACCAGGCUCGAGCAUUAACAGCCAGACACCCUUGGACGGAGCACAGAUGACGCAAGAACUUAUGGAGUGGUUCGAAGCGGUCGGAAACCUUGAGGAUCAAAUUAUGGGAGUAGGAACUGGGCCGAUACCAGAGGAAGGACCUUGGCAGCAAAUGCCGAAUGGGGCUUUUAUGUUUGACUAUGGGGGAGAGCUGUCUAGUGUGAUGAAGGAUUGUUUCUAA